CAUAGCCCCGAUAACACAUUUUGGAAGAAAAAUUGGAGGUGGCUACCACCUCCAUUUUGACCGUGUCACAGGUUCCGUCAAGCCCAGACAAUUCCACAAAAGGGAAGCGAGGUGGAGCUGAGGGUGGGGCUGUAAGGCUGGGAUCAAAGGACGCCACCCGGUCGAACUAGCUACAAGCUAACCUGAAGAUAAUCCAAAACUAACGCGGAGGUGGGACAUAAGCUAAUAGAGGUAGCUGCCUAGCUACAACCGGAGCUAACUCUGUGGAACACCAGUGACUUGAAGCUCACACGGAGUUUGUGUGGAGGUUUGCGGCGCUUUUUCAUGAAAACUAUCUUUCUGUGAAUAAAAAAGUAUUAAAUCGGUAAGUUUAUAAGUUAUUUCCUUAAUGAAAAUAUAUUUUCCUUUGAGCAAGUUUUCAAUAUUUUUAACGUACCGUAUUUUCCGGACUAUAAGUCACUCCGGAGUAUAAGUCGCACCAGCCAUAAAAAGUAUAAUGAAGAAAAGAAAAACAUAUAUUAGUCGCACUGGAAAAUAAGUCGCAUUUUGGGGGGACAUUUUAUUAUUUUUCUUACAAAAUCUGAGACCAAGCGUUUCAUUUUGCAUGACAAGUACCGGUAACAAUAACAGAAUAAACAACACGGCACAGCAGCGCACCACGGUCUCCAGUAGAGGAUGGCGGUGUUUGAAACCCUCCCAGCAGGACAGGGGAGCUCAGUCGCGGGUCGGAGCCGGCCCGCAGCAGUGCACCACAGGCUGCAGUAGGUGAUGAGCUGCAGUAGGCAGAGGAGCUGAAACCUGGGCCAGAUCCAGUGUGCAACAGGCUCCAGCAGGUGAUGGCUGUGUGUUUUUUAUUCCCAGUGGGGCAGGGGAUCUCAUUCCUGGUCCAGAGCCAGCCUGCAGCAGCGCGGUAUAGCCUACAUAAUUUGGUAUAUAAGUCGUUACGGAGUAUAAAUCGCAGGACCAGCCAGACUAUGAAAAAAAAGUGCAACUUAUAGUCCAGAAAAUACGGUAGUUAUUAGUAUUUGAGAUAAAUUAGCAGGCUAAAUACAUUUCUACAGAGCCCCUCUGAUGACAUGGUCCAAAAAAUAAAUAAAUUGUGGCCACGAAAUACUAUUUUGAGGCCACGAAAUAGCUAUAACGUGGGCACGAAAUACGUAUUCGUGCCCACGAAAUACUUAUUUGUGGCCACGGAAUAGCAGGAUGAGGUAAUCUGCUGACCCCGCCAGUCACCAGUAGGGGAGCUGUGGGUAUAAAAAGCAGACUCAGGCAGUGUUUCCUUCCUUGUUUACGGAAGUAGCUGCACUACCCAAACAGAAGCUGUAUUUUGGAACAGUGGCAGCGUAAACUGGAUGCGUGUGGAUCGCGACAGAGGCGACAUUUGGAAGCCUGAUGAAAGCUGUAACGUUACCGCGUGCUGUUGGAAAAGAAGCGUGCUUGCCUUCUAGGUGAUCUAUUGUUGUCGGCGUGGGCCCGAGGUGUUGUGGUGCUAUGACAAAGUGUUUUUGAGUCACUGCUGUGACUCCCCCCUCAACCGAGCGGUUCGAUAGAGCGGACCAACCUAUUGGGAUCUGUUUGGGCCGCCGCUCACUCGGACCAUAACCGAGGAUUUUAACCAGUGCUGGUGCUCCGCCGCCAGACGUUCUCCCACCCAGCGUGUUGGUUGGAGUGGAAAGGGAGAUCCUUUCUCCCCUCUGACGCAAGAGGAUUCUGGAGCACUAUUGUACUUUUUAACAGAGUUUAUUUUAUUGUGGUUUUUAACUUUGAUUUGUUUUGUCCAGGCUGGAGCCAAGGGUGGUGGCAGUGGUUCUUCUGUGUGCGAGUUGGUGUGGGCCCUCCUUCACAUCUGUGUGACUGUUCACUGGUGCUUCGGGUGAUUUUUAGUAUUUAGUUUGUGCUGUUGCUAGAACCUCCAGUGGGUCCACCUUACCUUGCCAACUAGCCUUUAUUCUGGACUCAGCACAAUUCACCAAAAGUAAAGAGACAUUAUACAGAUGAAGUAAGCAUAAGAUAACUUACUGGAAGAAACUGAAUUAUCAUCAGAACCAGAACAAGAGAGCCCGAUAACAGCCAUGUGAAAAUAAUAAUUAAAAAGUAUGUAUGUAUAAUAGAAAUAGAAAUAAAAAUAUAUUAGACUUAGUGUAACUCACUGUGAUCCAAACAAUAAAUCAGCCAUAGCUGAUUAGCAAUCAUGAAAUGAGGUCUGGGAGUUUUUAAGUUUCAUUCUUUUAUUACAUUUUUUUCUGAGAUCUGUUAAAAGGUCACCAUGGCAGCUUGCGUGUCCAACGUCGGCUACACAAAGCAGCAAGUGUAAGUACCAUGAACCUGUCUUGACCACUUCAUGUAUGGUUUUUGCAGUUUAAGCAGCUAGGCCAAACCUGUUAUUCUUUUCUCCAUAGCCAUUUGGAUCGUUGGAGACAGCUACGUGAGGCGUGGUGCCCAGAGAGCUGCAGAGACCCUCGGAGACAACCUUGGCCUCCCUGACGUCCGUGUCUCCUGGUUCGAUUGGGGCAGACCGAGGUGGAAAUACCUUCUCCCCUUCUUUUUCCACUCCCUGCAGGGAAGAGCAGCUCCUGAUGUCCUUCUCAUUCACUGUGGCGGCAAUGACAUGGGGGUGGUCAGCAGUGUGAAGCUGGUCAACAUUAUGAAGGAGGACCUGCACCGGCUUCACCUUCUACACCCUCAUAUGAUGAUCAUCAUGUCAUCCAUCACCCAUAGGUGUAGCUGGAGGACAGGUGUAAAACUUGCUAAAAUUGAGAAGGCCAGGAGGUUUGUUAACAGUGUUAUGGCUACACUUAUUUCUAGCUUAAAUGGUGCCGUUGUUGUGCAUCCUCACAUCACAUCUUCCUGUACCGACACUUUGUGUCCUGUUAUUUUAUAAAAUGUGAUGUAAAAAAAUAAAUGUUUUUGCUCAAUUACUGGAAUUUCUUUGGUUAGGACAAAAAGGAGGGAAGCAUCAUUCAUGCCAAGUUGCUUCUACAACAGGCCUCUUUUAAGUCCAACAGUUUCUUAGCAGCCAAUAGAAAUGUGUUCUUUACUAACUUUACUUGGUUUAAAAAUCUUCCUAAAAUAAACCUUAGAGGCUGCCGUAUUGCACAACCCAAUCAUACUUGUUAUGUAAAUAUUAUCUUUGUAGAUAUUUGAAGAGUUUUUUUACAGAUAGAUAUUUGUGAGCUAAAAAACCAUAAACUUAAAUAAUUUGUCAUUCUUUAUUGAAAAACAACAAAAUACAGGUAUACAGAAAGUGUGGGAAAAUUAUAAUGUGAAAGUAUUGCUCUUUAAAUGUAAUACUAUUUAUCUUUGUAGCCCCCUGGGUUACACAGUUUACCUAAAACCCUUCAAUGGAGUAAACCAGGUUUGACAUUACUUUGUAUCCACAUGAACAGUGAGGUGCAUGUAUAAUGUUAACUGUAACGUUGCCACUUAAGUUAUGCAGUUUACAUUGAGUAUUUUUCAGUUGAGAACAGGCCUCAGAUGAGAAAUGUUUGUUUCCAUUUAUGUGUGUAUUAUUGUUUUGUUGAUUGUUUAGUCUAAGGAUGUUGGACUGAAUUUUAAACAAAUGAAAGCUGUGUAGGAGCAAUAGCAAGUUAUGAACACUAGGGGGAGCUUUGGGGAAAGUUCGAGAAGAGGGAGAGCGCGGGAAGGAGAGAGAGAGAGAGAGAGACGGCGGGGGGUUGAGACGUUGGGACGAAGAAGCGGGAGAGAGGAGAGCGGAAGACAGCAGUGGAAGAAGCCCGGAGAGACCACCGAAAUUUCAGAGCCGUAGCUGUGAACUACGUUUGAGUUCAGUAACAGAAACUACAUCGGACCUAAAGACUGAAGAACGGUUAAAAAACCUGGCCGGCUUUGAGGAGUGGGGACGUUGCAGUUGAGGAGCCGUUAGAUGAUUUCAACGGUGCUGGCAGCUUUAACGAGCCAUACAGCUUCUACCUGGGAUAAUAAGGGACAGAGACGGGACUGAUCGGGAGCUGGUUGGAGCAGGAGACGCAAGGAGAGUCGGAGGAGUGGUGUGGGGAAGUUCGCUGAGGACGUCUGGAUUCAGGUUUUCGGACGGAGGAUACAGACACCCGUCGGAUCGCUGAGGACAUCGGGUUUCGGACGGAGGAUACAGACACCCGUCGGAUCGCUGAGGACAUCGGGUUUCGUGUCUGUGUUGAGGAUGCCUGCUCUGCGAAUCUGUCAGGGCAUCUGAAGGAAAGGUUUCGCAUGACACAAAAUCACCGCACAGGCCUGCAAGGGGAAAAAAAAACUACGGUACCGAACUUGGUGUGUGUGUGUGUGUGGGUGUGAGUGAGUGUGGGCCCACGGGUGGAUUUAGAUUGAACUUGGUAUUGUUUUUUUAUUUAUAUAUUUUUUGAGAAAUGUAUGGAGGUCGGUUAAUGACCCAUAUUAGAUAUGUUCACUGAAAAAACAAACUGAUUUGGUUAUUUGAUUCAAAGACAUUUACAAUUUUGGUAAUUUGAUUGCUUUCCGGUUAACUGAACAGUUCCUUCAUUCUAAGUGAGUUCUUUAUUAAAGAUUUUUUUUUUUCAUUUAGAAAGUUGUCUGGGCUUAUUCUGGGUUAAGUGAUAAUGCUAAUGUAAUGGUUUGAGAGCAAAAGGAAAAGAUUACUUUACCUUAGGUGAACGGCUAGGUUUCUACCAGAAAUCAACGAACCCAAGAAGACACCCCACCUGUUUUAGAUGCUAGUGCAGUUACUAGACUGGGUAAGGGGGUGCUACAUAAAAAAUGGAGGCACCGCUGGGAUAAAAUUAUUAUUAUAUAUAUAUAUAUUUUUUUGCAUAAAAUAGCCUUAUGCCCAGACGAUCAGUACCUAGUGCCACUUUGGGUGACUGUUACAGAAGUUACUGAAGUUUAAUUAGUUUUGUUCCUGAACAUUACAGAAGACACUUUUGUGGUUUAUUGUUUGUUAUUCUUGUGAAAUGACAAUAUGAGUCAGUUACUUAACUGGUGUAAAGGAGAGGGUAUUAACCCCUCACAUGCUGUUUUGCUUAAGGGUGUCCCUGAAGACACAGAAGUUAGUGUAAUAGAGGGCACCGUGCAGACCAUUAAAGCUCUUGGACGUGUUAGAGUCAGAGGAAGAACAUAUGAUCCUGUGUCUCAAAGUUUAACAGUUCUUUGUGAGUGCAGGGAAGCCGCAAAGACUGAAGCCAUUCCUGCUGAUGUUAUGCCUGAAGGCAGUGAUUCCCCUUGGCGAAUCAUUAGUCCAGUUGAAGUUGAAAAAGAGAGCCUUCAGCACGGAGAAGCUCCUUCACAAACACCAGAGCCAGACACGAGCCAAAAUUCGUUUUUCCAAUCAUCCAGUCCAGAGGCCAUAAUUAGAGCAGUAGGUGACAUCUUACAGCUCACCUCUAAACCAACUAGUGACAGUAGCAGUUACAGACGACUCCGAACAUUUUCGGGGGUGCUUCCCACACCGCUGGGAGAGGAACCUUUGGAUAACUGGCUAGAGCAAGCAAGACUAAUGAUUGAAGAGUCAGACAAACCCGACAAAGAAAAGAAAAUGAGAAUAAUGGAGAGUGUAAAAGGUCCUGCCAUGGAGAUUCUUCAGGCGGUGAGAUUUAAUAAUCCGGACACAACUCCCACAGAAUACCUAGAUGUUAUUGAAAACACGUUUGGCACAACAGAGACGGGAGAAGAGCUAUACUUCGCUUUCAGAAUGAUGUGCCAGCAUCCAACUGAGAAGCUAUCAGAGUUUCUGAGAAGAAUGGAAAGAAUAUUAAAUAAAGUAGUUCAAAAAGGGGGUUUGCCACUUGCCUCCAAAGACAAGGCACGCAUUGACCAACUCAUUAAAGGUGCCAUCAGAUCUGACAUGAUGAUUUUAAGCUUGAGACUAAGAGAGAGAAAAAUUGCCCCGCCAACAUUCCUGCAGCUCUUGAAUGAGAUACGAGUGGAGGAGGAGCAUGAGGCCUCCAGACGUAGGCUGAAUCCCCCUAAAUCUGUGCACGUCAAACGUACUGCUGCAGCUACAGAGAUUGAGGCAACAGAUCUUGGGGUGGAGGUUGAACGGCUGAGAUCACAAGUGAUUGAGCUCCAAGCUUUAGCCCAGUCCCAGCGUGCUUCUCCUUCUGUACCUCCACCUGCAAUUCAAGCAGAGACAGUUAACUCUGAAGAGGACGGGAGCCUACAAGCUUUUAAAAGAGAGGUUGUAAAACUUAGAAAACAAGUCUCAGCAAUGUCAGUCAAGUCUACUGCAGCACCCCAAGAGCUUUUACCUCUCAAAGAUACCUCUCCAACUCCUGGGGCGUCGAGGGCAUCCAUGCCCCGAGACCCCAAAGACAUUUUUUGCUACCGUUGUGGGGAGGUUGGGCACAUUUCCACUAAAUGUACCUCACCCGAAAAUUAUCCGAAAGUUAUUCAGAAGUUGAUUCAGGCCCAGAGGAGGGGUAGAGCAGGCCCAGGAUGCACAGAUGGAAAAAAUGUUAACGCCAAUGUGAAAAGGAGUGCUGUGAACCUACAUGCCGAUAAUCUGCCUAAAGGUUUGGUAGGACCGCCCUCGACUGCUCAUGUCAAAGUAGAGGGAAAACCCUGCACGGCUCUUCUAGACAGUGGCUCUCAGGUGACGAUUGUUUUUGACAGCUGGUACACAGAACAUUUAUCACAUGUUCCUUUAAACCCAGUGUCAGGAUUAGCUAUCUGGGGUCUAAGUGAGUCUGAAAGCAGUUACCCAUAUAAAGGUUAUAUUGAAGUAGACUUAGAGUUCUCAGAGGAGACACAAAAUAAGGUGAAAUCUGUUCCGGUUCUUGCCUUAGUAUGCCCUGAUCCUCGUUGCUCAGACACAAUGCCAAUCCUCAUUGGUACUAAUGUUAACAAAGUCUGGUCCCUCCCUUUGAACCGAAAGGCAGCCACCUCCGACAAUGUCUAUGCUGCACAAGUGGGUGUGACAGAUCAGGAACUUAAUGUAGAUCCCAAGCCUAAAAACUCAGUUCACAGCAGCAGUGCAGUGGCUGAUGUUAAAUGGACAGGGCCUGGGCCCCUGAUUAUUCCCGCUGGCGGUGAGCAUAUAGCGGUUUGCAAAGUCUUAGAACAACAGAGACUAGGAGACAGCAUUCUCAUCUCCGAGCGCGCGGCCUCAUAUGCUCUUCCACCAAGUUUGUUUGUGCAGCCAACAGUGUUAUUCUCCAAUAUGUUGGACAGAGAGAGAUUUCUGGUUUUAUUGCGAAAUGAGUCACUAAAAGACACUGCCAUUCCCAUCGGCACAGUAGUAGCACAUCUUCAUGUAGCUGACACAGUGACUGAGAUCCCAAAUAUAAAGACACACAGUCACAAAAAACUUGAUCCAUCCCUAUUUGAUUUUGGAGACUCUCCAAUCCCUUUUGAGUGGAAGCAGAGACUGAAAGAAAAACUGUUGGAGCGAUCCCAUGUGUUUUCAACAGUGGAGUGGGACGUGGGGUUAGCCUAUGGAGUGGAACACCACAUUCGACUCACCAACGACACCCCGUUCAGAGAGCGGUCAAGGCGCAUAGCACCAGCAGAUGUUGAGGACCUUCGUCGUCAUCUUCAGGGACUCCUUGCUGCAGGGAUAAUCAAAGAAUCCAGAAGUCCUUAUGCGUCACCCAUUGUCUUGGCACGAAAGAAAAGUGGACAGCUACGAAUGUGCAUUGACUACCGGACACUCAACCGCAGAACUAUUCCAGAUCAGUAUACAGUUCCCCGCAUUGAUGAUGCUCUGGACUGUUUGUCUGGAAGCAAGUGGUUCUCGGUUUUAGAUUUAAGAAGUGGAUAUUACCAGAUCCCAAUGGCAGAGGAGGAUAAAGAGAAAACCGCAUUCAUAUGUCCAUUGGGGUUUUUUCAGUUUGAGAGGAUGCCUCAGGGGAUCACUGGUGCUCCUUCAACAUUCCAACGCCUCAUGGAAAGGGCAGUUGGGGAUAUGAAUAUGCUAGAAGUGAUUGUAUAUUUGGAUGACCUGAUUGUUUUUGGGAGCACCUUAGAGGAGCAUGAAAAGCGACUUCUCAAAGUCAUUGACCGAUUAGGAGAAACAGGACUAAAACUGUCACUUGAUAAAUGCCAGUUUUGCAGACCCCAGGUGAAAUAUGUUGGACAUGUGAUUUCUGAACAAGGCAUUGCUACCGAUCCAAGCAAAGUGAAGGCAGUCGCUAACUGGAAACAACCCACUGAUCUCCGAUCACUGCAGUCCUUUUUAGGAUUUUGUGGGUAUUAUCGACGCUUCAUAAAAAACUAUUCAAUCAUUGUUAGACCACUUACAGAGCUGUGUAAAGGAUAUCCGCCAACCCAAAAGAAAUGUAAGGCAGGAAAGACUUCAUCAAAACCCUACUACAAAGUAACUGAAACGUUUGGAGAUAGGUGGGACCAGAGUUGCACUGAGGCUUUCCGUCAGAUCCUUAAAUGCCUCACCGAUGCCCCUGUUUUGGCUUUUGCCGACCCUUCAAAACCCUACGUGUUACAUGUUGAUGCAAGUUUGCAUGGCUUGGGGGCGGUGCUCAACCAGGAGCAUCCUGAGGGAUUAAGACCAGUCGCUUUUGGCAGUAGAAAGCUCAGUGCGUCUGAGAAGAACUAUCCAGUACACCAGUUAGAGUUCCUGGCACUCAAGUGGGCCGUCGUGGAUAAAUUCCACGACUAUCUGUAUGGAGCCGAAUUUGUUGUGAGAACAGACAACAACCCUUUAACAUACAUCCUUACUACCGCUAAACUGAAUGCCACAGGUCACCGCUGGCUGGCAGCCCUUUCCACUUAUAACUUUACCUUGCAGUAUCGACCAGGCUCUAGCAACAUUGAUGCUGAUGCAUUGUCACGCCACCCUAUUUCUGAUGAUGAAACUGAGUUUAGGAGUCUUCCCCCUGACAGUGUUAAAGCCCUCUGUAAGCAAGUAGCCAGAGAUGAGUCUACUGAGUCCCUUAGCUAUGCAGAAGCUCUGGGGGUUUCCCCCACUGGCAUACCAGAAUGCUAUGCUUUUCCAACCCGUCUAGAUCUGGGCUGCUUGAUUCAACUGAGCAGAUCAGAUCUCCGCAAAGCUCAAGACCAAGAUCCCAUGAUUGCACCUGUUAAGAAGGCAUUGAGUGGUGAAACUGUAUUUUCACCUGAGAAGUGUGCUGACAGGGGGGCACUUCUCCUGCAUAGAGAGGCAAAUAAGCUAGUCAUGAGGGAGGGAUUGCUCUAUAGACAGGUUGAAAAACCAGCGGGGACAGAAGUGUUUCAGUUUGUUCUGCCAAGAGAACAUGUUCCCAUGGUGCUUAAAUCUCUCCAUGAUGAAUCAGGCCACCUUGGAGUGGAAAAGACUGUUGAGCUGAUUCGCAAUCGAUUUUACUGGCCUAAGAUGGGGUCAGAGGUCGAACAGUAUGUGAAAACUUGUGGCCGAUGUAUCACACGUAAAGCACUGCCCCAGCGAGCAGCUCCGUUACAUCAGAUUACCAUCAGCGGGCCAUUAGAUUUAGUGUGUAUUGACUUUUUGUCUUUAGAACCUGAUUCUCAAGGGUAUGCAAAUAUCCUUGUAGUGACUGAUCAUUUUACAAGGUAUGCCCAGGCAUUUCCUGCCAAAGACCAACAGGCAACCACCGUUGCCAAGAUUCUAUGUGAGCGUUUCUUCAUUCAUUAUGGUCUUCCCGCACGGAUACAUUCCGAUCAAGGACGUGAUUUUGAAAGCAAGCUCAUCCAUGAUCUUCUGAGGAUGUUGGGGAUCCGAAAGUCGAGAACAUCCCCUUAUCAUCCUCAGGGAGAUCCUCAGCCUGAAAGAUUUAACCGAACAUUGUUGUCCAUGCUGGGGACUCUUGACCCAAAACAGAAACAGCAAUGGAGUCAAAACAUCAGUCAGUUGGUGCAUGCCUAUAAUUGCACCCAAAACGAUGCGACUGGAUACUCACCUUACCUCCUGAUGUUCGGGAGGGAGGCCCGCCUGCCGGUGGACAUUUGUUUUGGAGUAUCAGAGGAAAGCAGGAAAGCAGUAAGUUACCCCCAGUAUGUCUCAAAGCUAAGGAGGAAUCUGGAACAAGCUUAUCGUCUAGCUAAAGGCGCAGCUGACAAGAAUCAUCAAAGAAACAAAAAGGCACAUGACAAACAUGUGACAGAGCAAGUCUUAGAAGCUGGAGAUCGGGUGCUUCUAAGGAACUUUGGGGUCACUGGUAGACACAAGUUGAGAGAGAGGUGGAGGACAGUGCCAUACGUUGUAAUGGACAAGAUGCCUAACUUGCCUGUUUACCGGGUAAAACCUGAAAGGGGGCCUGGAGGAGAAAAAACAGUACAUCGAAAUCAUUUGUUGCCCAUUGGCCAUCUUGUCAGGUUUACAGCUGGGGAUGUUGAGCUCGAACAGGUGCAGAGACCUGUCACCAGGAGUAGACGACAGCAGUUGGACCCUGUCAAACCUGCUUGUUAUGCAGAUAUUGUUGUGUCAUCUGAUUCAGAGUUUGAGGUGGUACCCAUGCCAGCUUCACGACAAGUGAAUCUAAGAGACAUUCUGGGGCCAUCAGGGUUGAGGACUAGAGAAAAGCCUUUAGUCCAUGAGAGAACUCGGGUUUCCUCACUCCCCAAGGACUUGGACAAUGCUGAAGUAAGUCCAGGUUCACCUCUAAGGGAUCCCCUACCCUGUCCAGAUCUAGAUUUAGAAGGGGAAGAAGGAAGCAGUGGGGAUGUAGUUUGCAGAGCCGAUGAGGUCCCUGCAGAGCGUUCUAGGCGAGUGAUAAAACCGGUCAUUAGGCUGAGUUACGAUGAACUGGGACAGCCAUCAGACCAGCCUGUAAAAGCUUUCAGUUGUGGAGUUCUAGUUGGCAGUGUAACUUACCAGGACUCUAGAAAGUUGUCUUGUCCUACUCUAUGGUGCCACCCUAUGGCAUUAUGUCGUAACUGUGUUGGGUUAGACUUAGCUGGGUCUACUACUCUUAUUUGGGUCAUAUAACCUCAUUAUUUGAUGGGGACAUCAAAUGUUUUAGAAGGGGGAGGGUGUAGCCCCCUGGGUUACACAGUUUACCUAAAACCCUUCAAUGGAGUAAACCAGGUUUGACAUUACUUUGUAUCCACAUGAACAGUGAGGUGCAUGUAUAAUGUUAACUGUAACGUUGCCACUUAAGUUAUGCAGUUUACAUUGAGUAUUUUUCAGUUGAGAACAGGCCUCAGAUGAGAAAUGUUUGUUUCCAUUUAUGUGUGUAUUAUUGUUUUGUUGAUUGUUUAGUCUAAGGAUGUUGGACUGAAUUUUAAACAAAUGAAAGCUGUGUAGGAGCAAUAGCAAGUUAUGAACACUAGGGGGAGCUUUGAGGAAAGUUCGAGAAGAGGGAGAGCGCGGGAAGGAGAGAGAGAGAGAGACGGCGGGGGGUUGAGACGUUGGGACGAAGAAGCGGGAGAGAGGAGAGCGGAAGACAGCAGUGGAAGAAGCCCGGAGAGACCACCGAAAUUUCAGAGCCGUAACUGUGAACUACGUUUGAGUUCAGUAACAGAAACUACAUCGGACCUAAAGACUGAAGAACGGUUAAAAAACCUGGCCGGCUUUGAGGAGUGGGGACGUUGCAGUUGAGGAGCCGUUAGAUGAUUUCAACGGUGCUGGCAGCUUUAACGAGCCAUACAGCUUCUACCUGGGAUAAUACGGGACAGAGACGGGACUGAUCGGGAGCUGGUUGGAGCAGGAGACGCAAGGAGAGUCGGAGGAGUGGUGUGGGGAAGUUCGCUGAGGACGUCUGGAUUCAGGUUUUCGGACGGAGGAUACAGACACCCGUCGGAUCGCUGAGGACAUCGGGUUUCGGACGGAGGAUACAGACACCCGUCGGAUCGCUGAGGACAUCGGGUUUCGUGUCUGUGUUGAGGAUGCCUGCUCUGCGAAUCUGUCAGGGCAUCUGAAGGAAAGGUUUCGCAUGACACAAAAUCACCGCACAGGCCUGCAAGGGGAAAAAAAAACUACGGUACCGAACUUGGUGUGUGUGUGUGUGUGGGUGUGAGUGAGUGUGGGCCCACGGGUGGAUUUAGAUUGAACUUGGUAUUGUUUUUUUAUUUAUAUAUUUUUUGAGAAAUGUAUGGAGGUCGGUUAAUGACCCAUAUUAGAUAUGUUCACUGAAAAAACAAACUGAUUUGGUUAUUUGAUUCAAAGACAUUUACAAUUUUGGUAAUUUGAUUGCUUUCCGGUUAACUGAACAGUUCCUUCAUUCUAAGUGAGUUCUUUAUUAAAGAUUUUUUUUUUUCAUUUAGAAAGUUGUCUGGGCUUAUUCUGGGUUAAGUGAUAAUGCUAAUGUAAUGGUUUGAGAGCAAAAGGAAAAGAUUACUUUACCUUAGGUGAACGGCUAGGUUUCUACCAGAAAUCAACGAACCCAAGAAGACACCCCACCUGUUUUAGAUUCUAGUGCAGUUAAUAGACUGGGUAAGGGGGUGCUACAUCUUUAAAAAGAAAAACUCUAAAAAUGUCCUGUACAGCAACAUGACAGAAGAAUGGUGGUCUGUCUGUCAGAAAGUGCUGAACAGAUUUGCUCUAUCAAGAGGAGCCUUUUGUGUAGGAGUUUAUGUUAUUGUAAUAUUGGUUUGGUUACGUGUCGCCACAUCAGCAUGUAAAUGCUGAACCAAUCUGGAAUAAAGAGGAUUGAUAGAGGACAAACAAGUAAAUAAGAGAGAAAAAUAAAAACAACUAGGAAACCAACAUAAAAAAACAGCAACCAGCUGCUGCACCUGUGAAGAAAAAUUUCUAAGAAUCAUCAAGAAAACGUGGGAUGAACAACUAUAAACAUGUAAACAAUGAACAACAAACAUCAACAAGCAUGUGUUCGUGCGUGUGCUGGGAUGUGAAGUGUGAGACCUCCAAGGAUCAGGUGCACUCUGGAACCGCCCCAAGCACCAGGAAACCAGCUGCCACCACAGAGCACAGAACCAACUCAGACCACCUUCCAGAUAGCCGAGCACCAUGCUACAGAUAACUCAGCAAGGCCA